ACGCAGAGUGUAGUAGAUCUGUUUGAAGCGCUGUCUUGGAAGCGCCUGGAUAGGAGGACACUUGUGGACAGGGCUCGGUUAGUGGUGGCGGAGAAGGAGUUGGAGGUAGUCAAGGCUCGGGCGGAGAACGAAGUGGAGGUUGUCAAGGCUCAGGCGGAAGCACGCGUGCUUUGGGCAGAGGCUCGGGCGACGAAGGCAGAGCUUGAAACCGCGGCUGGUCAUCUCAAGGCGAAGAAUCUAGAGAUAUUGCGGUUGAGACACAGCGUCAACCUCCGCCGCGCCAUUGGUAAGUGUAUCGAGGGGAUUGCUAGAGGGCGUGCAUGUCCACCCGUUGAGCUCUUAGUCUUUCCAGGAAGAAGAGGUUUUGCCUCGUCUAGGCCUCAAGCCCACGAGCAGGGUGACAGUAGGAAUGUGGGAGAGAUUCAUGCAGGCGAGGCCGGACAUCCGACGGCAUGUGGAGCGGCAGACACCGUGGCGAAAGAGCAAGGUUGCGGCAGAGAUGGGUCACAUUUACACGACCCUGCCUGGGCGCAUCCACUCUUCGCAUCAGAUUGGCGACGCUGCCGUGGUGAUUGGGACGGAUUUACUCACGACGGAAGAGUGUCUCGGUGUGGGAGCCCUCCUGUAUGACUUUGUGCCCAUCGAGUUCCACCCGCCGGAGCUCAUGGAGAAGUUUGAGAAAAAUGAGCGGGAAGGUACUGCUGAGGACGUUCAGGACAAGGCAGGAAAGGGAGAAGGGGAGAGACAGUAG